UCCUCCUGCCCUAAUUCAUCCAAAGUGUCAUUCUCCCCUCCAAACACACCUGUGAUUUUUCUCUCCCUAGGUCUGCAGCUGUCAAUCUCACUGUGCCACUCUACGGGAGAGAAGAAAAACAACCGGGCAUCUCCAGAGAAACCCAAACCGGACGACCACCUUUACGUACUAGAACACAAUCUGCAUCAGAUGAUGAGAGAGUUUCACAAGCAGCAGCUGAGCUCUGUGGUGAUACCGCACCCUUCUAGCGCUCCCUUUGCGCACAAACGUCUGCGUUUGGCAGGGCCACUGGCCUAUGACAAGGCAGAAAUCUCCAGUUGGCAGCAGACUGAGGGGCUGCUGGAGAAGAUGAUCAAACAGGCCAAACACAUCUUCCUACGUCGCAGGACGGCACGUACCAUCGAUAGUCUGGCCAGUCGGAUUGAAGACCCACAGAUCCAGGCUCACUGGUCCAACAUUAAUGACGUAUACGAGUCCAGUGUCAAGGUGCUCAUCACUUCACAAGGCUACGAGCAGAUCUGCAAGUCCAUCCAGCUGCAGCUGAACAUCGGUGUGGAGCAGAUCAGGGUGGUGCACAGAGAUGGACGUGUGGUCACGCUGUCACACCAGGAACAGGAGCUGCAAGACUUUCUCCUCUCACAGAUGUCGCAGCAUCAGGUACAUGCAGUUCAGCAGCUGGCUAAGGUGAUGGGCUGGCACGUCCUGAGCUUCAGUAACCAUGUAGGUCUGGGCCCAGUGGAGAGCAUCGGAAAUGCCUCCGCGGUCACUGUUGCCUCUCCCAACGGAGAGUACGCCAUCUCAGUACGUAACGGCCCAGAGAGCGGCUGCAAAGUCUUGGUGCAGUUCCCUCGCAGCCAGAUCAAAGAGCUGCCAAAGAGCGACGUCAUCCAGGACGCCAAGUGGAGCCACCUCAGAGGGCCGUACAAAGAGGUCCAUUGGAGCAAGAUGGAGGGCCGAAACUUUGUCUACAAGAUGGAGCUCCUCAUGGCGGCGCUGACUCCCUGUCCUUAGGUGCUGACUCUGUCUGCUGACUCCUCCCACACACAAAAUAACAGUUUAUUUAAAGAGGACAAUCUUCCUUCAUAGACUCUCUUCCUCACAUUUGAAAGAAUCGACAGCACUUUCAUUUCUUUUAUUUUUUAACCAACUUGUGGACCGCCGUAAAGUCUGUCCACACAAGUGUCCUCUGCCUGUUGCUUAUAGUGUAAGGUGUGGACUGUGUGUAUAUACCUCAAACAGUUUGAUACAAAAUAAAAAGCAGUCUGUCUACA